CAACUUUCACAUCCUGAUACGUCAGAAGUUGGAGUUUGCGGAUGCUGCUGUCCUGAACCGGUUGAGAGGGAAUAUAGCCUAUAUCAUAAGCACCCAGCAGCUUUUCAAAUUAUUUAGAAAAUAAUCAAACAAUCCUUAAAAAUGGCUCAAAGUAUGGAACCGUCCUCAAAUUCCGGUGCGAACGGAGAUCUCCAAAAGCGGGGAAAAGUUGCUUUGGUUACGGGUAUCACUGGGCAGGAUGGUUCCUACCUGGCGGAGUACCUGGUGGAGAAAGGCUACGAGGUCCACGGCAUCCUCCGCCGAUCGAGUUCCUUCAACACCGGCCGCAUCGAGCACCUGUACGGGAACCCUCAGACGCACACCGAAGGCAACAUGAAGCUCCACUACGGAGACCUGACGGACAGCACGUGCCUGGUGAAGAUCAUCAACGAGGUGAAGCCCACUGAGGUCUACAACCUGGGAGCUCAGAGCCACGUCAAGGUAAGGAAAAAAAAAAAUUCCCACAACCCCUUUCAACUCUCCCUCUCGGAGCCUCUCCCUUUCUGCUGCGUGGCGGUUGAAACAGUGAGUCUGGAACAUGGGAACCCGAGCUGGAGAUAUGGGACAGGAUAUUGGGGCUGAUGGGGCCAGGAAGUGGCUGUUCUUGGAUGGGUCUGGGCCCACAAUGUCCCUUUUGUUGGAGAGCUCCACAGCGUCCCUG